AUGAUUUCCUCUGCUUUUGUAAAGCAUACACCCAAGUGUAUCGCAGGUGGUCAUAAGUCAAUUCUUCGUACAUUUAGUGCAACCAGCUUCUUGAAACAAGAGGAUGGUUAUACCCAUUUUGGAUCAAAAACGGUUCCCAAAUUUGAAAAGGAAAAGCUUGUUGGCAACGUUUUUUCCUCAGUUGCAUCCAAAUACGAUGUUAUGAAUGAUGUGAUGUCGUUAGGAAUUCACAGAUGCUGGAAGGACCAUUUUAUCAAUAAGUUGGAUGCAGGUAAAAGACCAACUUCUGUAGAACCAUUACAUUUUAUUGAUGUCGCGGGUGGUUCUGGUGAUAUUGCUUUUGGACUCUUGGAUCAUGCUGAACAUAAAUUCCAUGAUACUGAAUCUACCAUGCAUAUAGUCGAUAUCAAUGCAGAUAUGUUGAAAGAAGGUGAAAAAAGGGCAAUGGAACAAAACAAGUACCACAAUGACCCCAGAGUGAACUUUUUGGUGCAAAAUGGUGAAUCUCUAGAUGAAAUCGAAUCGAACUCAAAGGAUAUUUAUACCAUUUCAUUUGGUAUUAGAAAUUUUACCAACGUUGAAGCAGGUCUUGCGGCUGCUUAUAGAGUUUUGAAACCUGGUGGAAUUUUCUACUGCUUAGAAUUUUCCAAGAUUGAAAAUCAAUUGAUGGAUCUAAUGUAUCAGCAGUGGUCCAAGGUCCUGCCUGUGAUGGGGUCCAUCAUUGCCAAUGAUUACGAUUCUUACCAAUAUCUAGUGGAAUCCAUUGAAAAAUUCCCUGAUCAAGAGACAUUUAAAAAUAUGAUAGAACAAGCUGGUUUCAAAUCGGCUGGAUAUGAGAGCUUAACUGGUGGUGUCUGUGCCAUCCAUUGGGGUGUCAAGGUAUAA